UUAAAAGGUAUUUAAAAGGCAUAACAAUCAGGAAGUAUAUUAGUAUUUAUACAUAUCUAAGUAGAUAUAAAUUGUUUAUAAAUACGCUCAGAUAAUGCAACUUGGCACAAAGUGUUAGGAUAAUAUAUAUUCAAUGUCAGAAAAUAUUUGAACGACAGACAAAGUGAUUUAAACUUAUAAGGAUACUUUAAAAAUAAAAAGAAACAAAAACUUGAAAAAAAUGACGAAAUACGUGGAAAAACUAGAUAUUGCAUUUGCAAUGGACUGUACAGCGAGCAUGGGUAUAUAUAUUGCAGUUGCUAGGGAGAAUAUUAUACAAAUUGUAAGAGAGAUUAAAAAUCGGAGGCAAUGUGACGUAAGACUGGGUUUAGUUGAAUAUCGCGAUCAUCCGCCCGCCGAGGAAACAUUCGUUACAAGGUCACAUGACUUUACACAAAUCCCAGGAGAGAUGAGGAAGUGGCUAAUGGAUUGUGAAGCUGCCGGUGGUGGCGAUCUUCCAGAAGCCGUGGCAGACGCUUUACAGGAGGUACUUCUACUGAGUUGGAGAGAAGAUGCUACAAAGAUAUGUGUAUUUAUAACUGAUGCACCACCUCACGGGCUUGGAACAUUUGCUGACAAGUUUCCACAUGGUUGCCCUGAUGGUUUAGAUCCUCUUGUGAUCAGUCAAGCAUUGGCUCAAGCUGGUAUUGCAGUGUAUGUAGCCGGUUGUGAACCCAGUAUAUGUGCGUAUAAAGAUUUCUAUUUGGCUCUUGCUCAUAUUACUGGUGGACAAUACGUUCCUAUGGAGAAAUCCGACUCAUUAGUUAAGCUAAUUAUUUAUGGAGCUAUUGAAGAAUUGUCGAUUAGAAAAUUUGAAAAUGAUGUCGAUGAAAUAGUUCGUGCGCAAAUAGCUAAAGGUAAAGAACUUGAUAUGGAUUUUAUUUCAAGACAACUGCAUAUACAGGUAUCUCAGCGUGGAGAAAAGGUGUCACAGAUGCAAAUGAACAAGAAAGAGUUAGCAUCAGCCAGAUCUUCCAAACUUGCCCUUUCUUUGACGACGAUGAAAUCUUUUAACGAGAUUCAAAAUGUUUAUAAAUUACCAAAAAAGUUAAGAGAGUCAAUGGUCGAAAAUUUGCAUCUGAGUAUGACUAGCACAGAUGAUCGUCCCUCUGUUGCUGGGGACGAAUGCUCUAGCUCAGACACACCUUAUUCCGACAGGUAUUCGCUUGCUGGUGAUGAAUAUUUUAGUCCUGUUGUUGAAUCUGAUAGGGUUGAUGAGAAGAAGCCAAUACGGACAGUAAGCAAAACAAAAGGGUUGAAAGGAGUUCUUCCACCACUCCGGGAAUUAGUUGACCCCUCAAGACCAGGGAGCGCAGAUCUUCAAACCCGUCGGAUUGCUGAGGAUACGACGUUGAGACCAAAUUCUGGCGGCAUCAUAAAACAUCCAAGUUUAACAUCUCCGAAUCAAAUGGAAAAAAAUAAAUUAGAGAGCGUGGAAUCAGAUUUUUCUCUUUCUCAGUCAGUCAGGCUGGUUCAAAGGUCUCUUUUGAAGUUCAAAUAAGGGAUUUGAUUAAUACGUUUCGAACUUUCGACUAUGCUAAAUUCAAUUCAACUCAUGAUUGUGCUCAAUUUUAUCAUUUUACUAAUGUAUUAUUCAUGCUCUCUUAAAUAAUCAACUGCGUUCCGCGAACUUGUUGAUAUUUACUCAGCUGUUUCAUAUUCUUAUUAUUUACAUGUGGCAAACAUCUAGAAAUUCGGAAAUACAUUUGUACGUGGUAUUAUUUUUAAUGUCUUUCACCCCGAAAGUAUAUCUGGAAACUGCCUUCAGAAAACUAGUUGGGGUUUGCGCAUAUACUAGGCAAGGAGUGCUUGUAUUUAAUUUUGGAAGAUAUCUAAUGCUUUAAUUUUGAAAGAAAUAACUUUCU